GCACUACGCAUGCAAAUCAACAGACCCAAAUAUAAAUAUUUAAGCCUUUUCUCGAAAAGAGAGAGAAUAUAUAUACAUUACUUAUAUAACUCCUGUUCUUCUUCAAAAUCGUGAGAUCAAAGCAGCUCCUCCGUCUUUCCAAUAAUCAUCAAACAUAACUAAGAGAGAAGAAAUAUGAAGAAGAUGGUGGUGGUGAUGGUGAUGAUGUUGGUGAUGGUGAGUGAAGCGAGUAUGAUAGAGCAGACAUGCAAAGAGACACCAGAUUUCAAUCUAUGCGUCUCUCUCCUCGACUCCGACCCACGUGGCUCCUCUGCCGACACCUCUGGCCUCGCUCUUAUCCUCGUCGACAAAAUCAAGGGGUUGGCGACGAAGACCUUGAACGAAAUCAACUAUCUAUAUAAAAAGAGACCGGAACUGAAACAGGCUUUAGACGAAUGUAGUCGAAGAUACAAAACAAUCUUAAAGGCUGAUGUUCCCGAAGCCAUUGAAGCUAUAUCUAAAGGAGUUCCGAAGUUCGGCGAGGACGGUGUGAUCGAUGCUGGUGUGGAAGCUGCUGUAUGUGAAGGAGAAUUUAAAGGGAAAUCUCCGUUAACUAGUUUGACCAAAUCAAUGCAGAAAAUCUCUAAUGUGACAAGAGCCAUUGUGAGAAUGUUGCUUUGAUUUUAUCUUUUAUUUACAAGUAUGUGGUAUAGCCGUAUGGGUGUUUGAUGGGAUUUUAUCCUUCAUAAGAAUAAAACUUUUAACAA